UGCUUGUCCAAGUACGCACAUAGACUUGAGUUCAAACUUGCUUUUUAUGAAGCUACACUCUCUGGGGUGUGGGAUCUCCUACAAUCUGUCAACCACGUUUCUCCCUCGCUUGUUUCCUCCUAGUACAAUUUAAGUUAUUGAUUUAGAUAUACAUGGCGUCAGUUUCGGGGACUCGUAGUUUGUUCUGUACAGAUAAUAAUCUCUUAUGUGCAAAAGGUAAGGGGGAGCUUGUCUCAUGUGAUGCUUUCCUUCCAGCAAUAAAAAGAAACAGGUGGAAAUGUGAAACUGGAACGAAAGUGGAUGAGCUCAUGCUUCAAGCAUCUCUGCAACCGAGGAAACAAGAAGGCUUACUAUGCCCCUCCAUUACCAGGAGUCACCGAAUGGAAAAAUAUUGCAUAGUUACAAAAGCAACGAGUUCCUCUGUGGAGCAUUUGAGUUCGUUGAAUUCUUUUCUUGAAAAGCUUCACGACUACACAAAACAGCCUUCUUCAAGAGAUUCUAAGGAGAUGAGUGAAUCAUUUGGUGAAAUUGAUGAUGUCAAAGCAGAUAAUGGACUCAGAUCUCUAGAGAAUUAUCUUGUCAAAAUUAAAGAGGUGGAAUCAGAAACCAUUUUUAACAAAGACACAAAGGAGUCAGUAGAUAGCUCAGCGGGGAAGGACCUCGGAAUGGUUGGAGAGAUGUCAUUUAAAAAUUAUAAGGGAUUAACACUCGCCAAUAUUGAAGGCAAAGAAAAAUCUUGCAUUGAUGCCUCUGAUUUCUAUUUAAUUGGUGUAUUGGUGUCAAUAAACAUAGCGGUUUUCCUCUUUGAGAUUGCCACUCCAGUAAAGAGCUCUACUUUCGAGCUAUUUUCACUGCCCACGGUUUAUGGAGCGAAGAUAAAUAACUUGAUCCUACAGGGAGAGUGGUGGAGACUAGUGACACCCAUCUUUCUGCAUUCUGGUAUCAUUCACAUAGCCGUUGGGAGCAGGGCCCUUUUCACUUUUGGCCUUGAAGUAUGCAGAAAAUAUGGCUCAUUCACCUUCCUACUGCUAUAUGCUCUUGGAGGAAUUUCUGGAAACCUAUUCAGCUUUCUUCACACGCCAGAGGCAUCCGUUGGUGGUACGGAACCAGUGUUUGCCAUUAUUGGAGCUUGGCUUAUUUACCAAUUUCAAAGCAAAGAUGAGAUAUCAGGGGAUGCUUAUGAAAGAAUGUUUCGGAAUGCCAUUAUCACGACAGCUUGUAUAUGUGUCCUAAGCAAUUUCGGCCCUAUUGACGACUGGGCGCACUUUGGCACAGCUUUUGUGGGUAUAUCGUAUGGCUUCGUUACGAGCCCAAUCGUGCAAGUGAAGGAUGCGUCUACAGAAGCAAGUCAACAUGAAAGAAUCACGUUUGUUAGACGGUAUUCGGAUCCUCGCAAAUCCCUUUUGUAUUUCUCCCUCUUCGUGUUGCUCUUGAGCUGUUUACCUCUUGUCUUCGAACCUCCAGUAGAUCUGAUUUGAUGAGGAUAGUUUGGUAUCGAUAUUUCCAUUACAUGAUUCAUACAUAGUUAGUAUCCACACUCCACAGAGAUAAGUUGCCUUUCAUCAAUUUCACAAGUUUAAAUAGAACUUCAAUCUGCUCUCUCGCUAACUCUGUGUGAGUGUCUUGUAAUGUAAACUAUACUUAUAAAUUGAUUUAAAUGAAAGAUAUACUUUGUGUUCUGGCCCAA